GCCGGCCCCUGCCUUGGCUACCAGACUCCUCAGGUGGCAACGCUUGCAGUCUAGCUACGGAGGCCGGUUUGCGGGACUAACGGGAAGUGUUUAAGAAGAUCAUGGAGUAAUAUGAGUCAGAGUAAUAAAAGAUCUGCAGGAAAUCCCUCAAGAGAGUUGUUUUAGGAAAAGAAGAAUUUGUAGACCCUUCACCAAAUUCUUCAUUUAUACAGCUAUUAAAUCCAAGGCACCUGUGGUGAAAGCAUGAAUAAAAACACAUCUGCUACAGCAUCAUCUGGUCUACUUGAAAAGGAUCCUGCCUUUCAGAUGAUAACAGUUGCCAAGGAAACAGGACUUGGUCUAAAGAUCCUAGGAGGAAUUAACCGGAAUGAAGGUCCAUUGGUCUAUGUUCAAGAAAUCAUUCCUGGAGGAGACUGUUAUAAGGAUGGACGUUUGAAGCCAGGAGAUCAACUUGUCUCAGUAAACAAGGAAUCUAUGAUUGGUGUAUCAUUUGAAGAAGCAAAAAGUAUAAUUACCAGAGCCAAGUUGAGGUCAGAAUCUGCUUGGGAGAUAGCAUUCAUAAGACAAAAAUCUGAUGGCAGUCAUCCAGAAAAUCUAUCUUGCACAUCCCUUUUACAAGCUUCAAGAGAAAAUGGACCUCAGGCCUCAACAUUUAGUCUUCUUUCUUCUCCCCCUGAAAUACUAAUUCCAAAGACCUCAUCUACUCCAAAAACUCAAGCUGCCAUUUUACCUUCUACUAAGAUGAGUCAGAUAAAAACUGAAUACCAGAAAAYAGAAUAUGCUCCAAUUACUCCAGUUACUUCUACAGAGAACAGCCCUACAGAUAUGUCUAUUUCAGAUAUUGCUCCUGCCUGGACUGAUAAUUAUGGACCACAGGAAAAGAAGAUUUUCCUAAAUCCCUCUAUUCGCCUUAAGGCAGAGAAACUGGAAAUGGCUCUAAAUUAUCUUGGUAUCCAGCCCACAAAGGAACAACACCAAGUCCUGAAACAGCAAGUACAAGCAGACUCAAAGGGGACAGUGUCAUUUGGAGAUUUUGUACAGGUUGCCAGAAAUUUGUUUUGCUUGCAGUUGGAUGAAGUAAAUGUUGGUGCACAUGAAAUUUCCAACAUAUUAGAUUCACAGCUUUUGCCCUGUGACUCUUCAGAAGCAGAUGAAAUGGAAAGACUUAGGUGUGAAAGAAAUAAUGCCUUAGAAGAAGUGAAUUUAUUGAAGGCAAAAUUAUUGGAGUCAGAGAGGCAAAGGAAACAACUGACAGAAGAGCUCCAGAAUGCGAAACAAGAAGCCAAAGCUGUAGUGGAAGAAACAAGGGCUCUGCGAAGUCGUAUUCAUCUUGCUGAAGCUGCGCAGAGGCAGGCCCAUGGAAUGGAAAUGGACUAUGAAGAAGUGAUCCGUCUGCUAGAAGGCAAGAUUACAGAGCUGAAGGCUCAGCUUGCUGAUUAUUCUGACCAAAAUAAAGAAAAUGUUCAAGAUUUAAGAAAGAGAAUUACAGUACUUGACUGCCAAUUGCGAAAAUCAGAAAUGGCUCGAAAAACUUUUGAGGCAUCCACUGCAAAGCUUCUUCAUUUUGUAGAGGCUAUUCAAGAAGUACUUUCUGAUAAUUCUUCUCCUUUAUCAAGUUUGAGUGAAAGAAGAGCUGUGUUAGCCUCUCAGAUUUCCCUCACRGCACUGGGAAGGAAUGGGCGCACCAUCCCAGCAACCCUGGCAUUGGAAUCUAAGGAGCUUGUUAAGUCCGUUCGUGCCAUACUUGAUAUGGAUUCCUUACCUUAUGGGUGGGAGGAAGCUUACACAGCAGAUGGAAUCAAGUACUUCAUCAAUCACGUAACACAGACUACAUCCUGGAUUCACCCCGUGAGGAGUAUCCUGAACCUGUCUUGCUCAGAGGAGAAUGAAGAGGAUUGCUCUAGAGAACUCACCGACCAGAAGAGUUGAUGGUUUUCUGUAGGAAGCGGAGCUCCACAGCCUUCCGGCAUCUCAGUCUGUGAGCGUGACUUGAGCAGAGACCUGUGACACCCAACUCUGAGACACAGCCAUCUGAAAUAGGAGCAAAGCAGGCACUACUUGAUGGAGCAGGAAAUGGAGACUAGACUUAGGCCUCCCGAGCCGCUGGGAUUACAGGCCUCCACCACCGCACCUGGCUCCAAAUUAGUUUUGAGAGCAGAAGAAAGCCAUUGGAAGAAAG